AACCAGACAUUGAAAUUGAAUUUUUCAGGGCAUCUUAUUAUGGCCUCUGGCCCGCGUAGGAUCAACUGAGGGCUCCGUAGGUAAAACUGUAAAAUUCCUCCCAUCCCUCCCACUCCUUCACCAUUUCUCGCGGGCCUCCAAAGCAAACGGACGAAGGGAACUACUUCACUGCACAGAAUCCCACGGCCUGUUUUCUGCAGUGACUCGUUCAACUGUGAAGCUGAUCUCCCAUACUCGAGAGAGAUGGCUAUCAUUCCCUUCGCGCCCUUGGCUGCCGACCAUCCCAAGCCCAGCGAGGCUGCGGUCACCAAUCAUGACUUUCUUCCGGGUGCCAAUGCGAAGAAUGAUAACCUUCUCGUUGUAUCCCCAUACGACGAGGAGCCACAUCUUCUUGACCUCCGCACUCUGGAUACCGCAAACCAGCUACUUGCUAAGGCUCUUGUGGGAUUGAAGUGUUUGAGGGAUGAUUACGCAACUGCUCCAUAUGUCGAAAUUUUCAACUGGCCCGAAGUCAUCGAGUCAGUCCGGCAGCUGGCUGCAGCCUCGGACUUCACGUGGAAGGAAAGCUCUUUCUACAUCGUUGUCUUCAGAUCUCGAAUCCCACCGACUACAGUCUAUGCCGAUCUUGGUGUUCUUGACAAGGCUGCUCAUCAAGAGGCAACUAAGAGCGGGGGAUUUCUUAAGUAUUGGUUUGGAGAGCCUGACCAAGACGGAAGAAACCUCGCAACUUGCGUUUGGCGUAACCAGGAAGAUGCCAAGAUUGGAAGUGUCGGAGAGGCUCAUCGCCGUGCUGCAGGUGCAACUCGACUUUUGUACACCGAAUGGAGAAUCGAGCGUCUGAGACUUCUCAUCAAGGACAAUGUUGAUAGCUGGGAGAUCAUUCCAUGGGUUGACUGAGGGAGGCUUUCGAGAUUUCGGAGUUUUAGGCUGUGCUUGCGGAAAAGGAGUCAUUGGUAUUCGAUUGUUUGCUUGCUC